CCCUGUCUUGUGGAUGCCAAGAAGACAGGCUGUCCCCAGAAAGACGAAGAGCCCAAGCGGGCAAGGAGAGGCGUCGAGCUCAGCAUGGAGGAUGACAGUUUGGCCACCGAGAUUCAUGAAGAAAGUACCUGUCCUCUCUUGGAUGAGCAGUUCCCCAGAGGGAAAGGGCCAGGCCUCUGCUCUGUCCGCUGGGGCCUGGCUCUCAUCUUGCACAUCUCCUUGUUCGUCACUUACUCCCAGCGAGUGGACCUCAGCAUUGCCAUCGUUGCCAUGGUGAACAGCACAGGCCAGCAGAAGUCCUUCAAUGUCUCUGCAGAUGUGUGUCCUGGGCAAACUCCGGCUCCCCUCAACACAUCCCAGCCCAGAGAAGUCAAGGCCCCUGUCUAUGACUGGACCCCUGAAACUUGUGGCCUCCUCUUGAGUUCGUUUUCCUAUGGCUACCUGGUCACCCAGGUCCCUGGGGGCUACCUCACGGGCAUUGUGGGCUGGAAGCCUGUGCUGGGCAUUGGGCUGCUCCUCUCCUCUGUCCUCGGCCUUCUCCUACCCUCAGCUGCCGAGCUUGGUGUGAUUUAUCUUGCCCUCGUCCAGGCUUUUAGAGGCCUCUCUCAGGAGGUGAUAUUCCCAGCGGUUUACACUCUCUGGACAAAGUGGGCCCCACCUCAGGAACUCACCUGCCUCAUGAAUGUUGCAGAUGCUGGUACCACACUAGGGACCUUCUUCACCCUGAUGGUGGGAGGCAUCACCUGCCAGACCCUGGGGUGGCCUGCCUGCUUCUACAUCUUUGGAGGUGUGCAUUGUGUCUGGUGCCUGCUUUGGUUUUUUCUGGUGUUUGAAGAUCCUGACAGUCACCCUUGCAUCAGCACCACAGAGAAGGAAUACAUCACAUCAGCCUCAACUCAGAAGGGCCCCUGCCACCGAUGGUCACUGCCUCUCCUCUCCAUGCUGAAAUGUGGGCCGCUGUGGGCCAUUGCAGUUGCCUAUUUCUGUUGUGAUUGGCUCUUCUACACCCUGCUGACUCUGCUUCCUGUGUACCUGAACCGCAUCCUUCACCUGGACAGCGGGGAGAGUGGCUUCCUGAGUGCCCCUCCACACAUUGGGAACUGGCUGGGUCAUAUAGGCACAGGGCUCCUGGGAGACUUCUUGGUAGCCAAGAGCCUGCUCCAGCUGGCUACAAUGAGGAAACUCUUCACAGCCCUGGGAAUGCUGUGCCCAGCAGGCCUGGUGCUCAAGGUGUCGUACGUUGGCUGUAAUUACAUCGCCGUCGUCAUCCUGUUCACUCUCUCCAUGACCCUCAUCAGCAUGACAGGUGCCGGCUUUGCCGUGAAUCUCUUGGAUGUUGCCCCCAGGUAUGCAGGCUUCCUGCAUGGAGUCAUUAACACCCUGGCCAAUCUCUCGGGAAUGGUGGCACCCAGUGUGGCCGGAUUCCUCGGCAGUCAGGACACCCUGUCUGGCUGGAGGAAUGUCUUCUUUCUGUCAGGAGCCGUCAACCUGUGUGGGGUGACCUUCUACCUCCUGUUUGGCCGAGCGGACAUCCAGGACUGGGCUAGAGUAGAGAGCGCCCCGUGAUGAUGGGCAACGGAGCCUCCUGCCCACCCGGCAGCUGUGGGGAAGGAGGAAGAAUACCGAGGCUGUAGUAAAGGGACUCGGGCGCUUCGUAAAUGUUUCUGGAUUGACUGCUGGUCCUGCCUCCGACUUGGUGUGUGACCUUGGCCAAGUGACUUCCUUCCCCUCCCAUCUGGGAAACAUCCCUGCUCCUGUCAGAGAAGAGGGAGAGGGAAGGUGUGGGAUGCUGCACACUGCAGUCAGGAGGGGCCUGGCCAGUGAAAUCUGCCUCACUGCUUUUCUUUGUUUUCAGGGAGGAUUCAAGACAGAGUGGAGGAUGUUGGGAAAUAACUGGUGUGAAAACCAAAGACAUUAAUAAAACUGGCUUGUUUUUUAAAGCAA